AUGCCAGUUGGACACAAGGCCAAGAUUUCUUUGGAGUCCUGGAAUCUGCUGAAUGAUAACAUUGAGCAACAGAGUUUGGCUCUGAGUAUUGAUUUCCCCCAAAAAUGUCGAGGUGUCGUGGACCUGGAUCGGUGGAAGGCAUCUGAGCUACGACAGUUUCCUCUGUUCAUAAGACCCGUUGUUUUACGAGAUAUCUUACAUUGUGACUUUUACGAAUGUUUCAAGCCGUUCAACUUUUCUCACGACAAUAUGCUGAUUUUUUUAAUUGAUGUUUUCAAGGUUUCUGUGUCGAAAUUUGCUGCUAUUUAUGGUCCCAGCCAUUUAGUCUACAACAUACACCUCUUCUCCCGUUUAUUCAAAUUCGUCAAGCUUUAUGGUUCCUUGGAUCGUUUUUCCUGUUUUCCCUAUGAAUCGGAGCUGGGGGCAAUUGAAGCAUUACAUACAUGGUCCAAAACCACCGGCCGUUCAGCUUUACCGCCGACUGUCAGAGCGUGUGGGAUUGGAUGCUGUCGAAAGGAAGAUAUUUUCGGAUGA